AUGCAGUUCUCGAAAGUUUUUGUUGUUAUUUCUCUUAUGUCUCGUGUUGAAUCUGAGGGUGAAAAAAUCCAGCUGCAGAGUAGUCGAGGUUUAUCUAAUAACUGUGAGAACCCUGCUUUAUGGAUGUUGGUGAAACAGGUGGACAGACUUGAAACCAAACUUUCUCAACAUGACGAAAAAAUUGAGAAAAGAGUCAAACAAUGUAAAAAUCGAUUACCCCACCUAACACAGGUUGCGUUUCAUGCACUUUUGGCAAAAAGUGUUAAGCUCCAUGCAGCACAGACUGUUAUCUUUGGAAUUGAGAUAACUAACAUUGGAAAAGCUUAUAACACACACACAGGACUAUUCAAGGCGCCCCACGAUGGACUGUAUUUCUUUUCGUGUACAUUCUUGAAGCAAAGUUCUACCUACCUGCGUAUUCAGUUGAUGAAGAAUGAGGUUGAGGUACAAUUGGGACACGCAGAGACAAGUAAUGCAGAUUCUGGUUCAAUGAUUGCAGUAUUAUAUCUAAAGACUGGAGACAUUGUUAAAGUACGUCAUCAUCCUAACUACGGGGCAGAAACGAUGCACGGACAUUGGAGCUUUUUCACAGGAUAUCUUAUUCAAUAA